GUCUUUCUUGACUUUCUCUCUAUUAAAAUCCAAAGCAAAGGCCUGAUAAAUCUGUUGUUUUAUUGUUGAUCUCUUUUUGCUUGUUCUCUCCUUCUUCAAAGCCAAAGAACUCUCCUUAUAUCUCUCUACCCUUUUUCUCUCGCAAACUCUAAAAACAUCAAAGAGAGCUUAAAAGCAAAAGAAUCAAUGGCAGUCGAAGCUCGUAAUAUGAAUCUUUUCCCUCCUCAGUUAAUCCCUAAUGGAGAUUUUAUGAAAGGUAAUCAAGGGAGUGGAAAUAUACACAACACCCAGAUGCAGCAAGAAGUUUCACAGAUUUUCCCUGCAGUUUAUCAGUCGCUUGUACGUGAUCCGAUUUCAGCCAAAGCUGAUAGUGGGGUUACUUAUAAUAUGAAUAUCCCAGUUUCGGCCCCAAGGAAAAGGCCUAGGGAUUCAUAUUCAUACACGGUUGCUCGAAAGAACGACUUUUGUGGGGUUUCUUCUGUUCUUGACGAUGAUGUCUUUUCCCAGAUCCAACAACAACAACAACAAGAAAUCGACCGUUUCAUUGCUCAACAUACAGAAAAAGUGAGGUUGGAGGUUGAAGAAAGGAGGAAGAGGCAAUCGAGGAUGUUGAUUACAGCGAUCCAAGAAGGGGUUAUGAAGAAACUGAAGGAAAAAGAUGAAGAGAUACAAAGAAUGGGGAAACUGAACUGGGUUCUUCAAGAAAGAGUGAAAAGCCUGUAUUUAGAGAACCAACUGUGGAGGGACUUGGCGCAAACGAACGAAGCCACCGCCAAUUCCUUACGCACCAAUCUAGAGCAAGUCCUUGCCCACGUCGGUGAGGAACGUCACGCCAGCGGCGGAGGAGCGGCCGGGUUGGCCGACGACGCGGAAUCUAGCUGUGGAAGCAGCGAUGAAGGGUGGCGCAAGGUGGUGUUGCCGCCUACUCAGCCACAUGAUACGACGGCAGCGGUGGUUGGGAACGGUAAUAAUAAUGGAAGGAAGUGUAGAAAGUGUGGGGAGAAAAAGUCAAGUGUGCUGUUGCUGCCAUGCAGGCAUCUCUGUCUCUGUACAAUGUGUGGGUCCACUCUGGUAGGCACUUGCCCUGUUUGUGACUCUGUCACCAAUGCCAGUGUUCAUGUUAACAUGUCUUGAAACAAUUUUUUUUUUCUUUUUUAGAUAUUUUAGUGAAAACAAAACAGCAAAAAAGAAAAGAAAAAAAAAGAAAAGCAAAUGCAAAUAUGUUUUUAAGAAAUGGAUCAUAGAAAAUUUCUUUAUUUUUUUCCAAAUGUGACUGUUUAUCUUUCACCAUUGGGUUUUGUUUUUUAUUGAAUUUGGCAGAGAGAGAAAGGGUGGAAUGUUAAUGUAUUAGGGUAAAAAGAAGGGUUUUUUUGAUAAAUUAGAAGAACCCACGCGGUGAAAAAGAUAUGGUUUUGUGACCACUGUGAUGGACUGUGUGGGGGUAGGGAAUCUUGAUGACCAAACUGUAAAGUAAAUAUUUAAAGCUAUUAUUUUUCAUUUAGUAAAUGGCAAAAAAUUAUAAAAAGUCAUAAGAGUUUUGGAUUAAA